AAUCCUAAUGCGCCUGCGUAUCCAGACGUGGCAACGGCAUCAUGGCCUCCUGGAUCCGCUACAGGAGAGAGAUGAGAGAAGCGAAAAUGUUGGCGCUGGCGCUGCUGAUGCUGUCGUUGUCGUUGAUGGAGGCUGUGAAAGUGUCUCCUCUCAUAGAAAAAGUCAGCGACCACAAGGACUUCAAGAAGCUGCUCAGGACAAGAACCAAUGUUCUGGUGCUCUACACAAAGACAGCUACAUCGAGCGACACUUAUCUUAAACUGCUGUCUGAUGUUGCCCAAAGAGUGAAGGGACAAGGGACCAUCGCCUGGGUCAACUGUGGGGAUUCAGAGGGCCGCAAGCUCUGUAAGAAAGUGAAGGUGGACCCCAGCUCCAAGCACGAGGGAGCAGAGCUGCUGCAUUACAAAGAUGGGACAUUCCACACAGAGUACAACAGACCUGCUACAGUUAAGUCUAUGGUAGCGUUCCUGAAGGACCCAUCAGGGCCGCCUCUGUGGGAAGAAAACCCCGAAGCAAAAGAUGUCGUCCACAUCGAAACAGAGAAAGACUUCAGGAAGCUACUGAAGAAGGAGGAGAGGCCUGUUCUCAUGAUGUUCUAUGCUCCCUGGUGUGGAGUUUGCAAGAGAAUGCAGCCUGUUUUUCAGCAAGCAGCUACAGAAACAAAAGGCAAAUAUGUACUGGCGGGGAUGAAUGUGCACCCAGCUGAGUUUGACGGCCUUAAGCAGGAGUACAACGUCAAAGGCUAUCCGACCUUCUGCUACUUUGAGAAAGGGAAAUUCCUUCAUCACUAUGAAAACUAUGGAGCUACACCCAAGGACAUAGCAGACUGGCUGAAGAACCCACAGCCCCCCCAGCCAAAGACUCCUGAGGUGCAGUGGUCGGAAACGGACUCGCCAGUCUUCCACCUGACCGAUGAGUCCUUUGACAGCUUCCUGGAGGAACAUCCUGCAGCCCUGAUCAUGUUCUAUGCCCCCUGGUGUGGCCACUGCAAGAAAAUGAAGCCAGAGUAUGACGACGCUGCUGAAGUACUCAACAAAGCUGCAGACAGUCCAGGCGUGCUUGCAGCAGUCGAUGCCACGGUGCACAAGGCUGUGGGAGAUCGCUUCAAGAUCUCCGGUUUCCCCACCGUAAAGUAUUUCGAAAAAGGCGAGGAAAAGUACACACUCCCACACCUCCGAACCAAAGACAAGAUCAUCGAGUUCAUGCACAAUCCCCAGGCACCUCCACCACCAGAGCAGUCCUGGGAGGACAAACCCUCCAGUGUCAACCAUCUUGGUUCAGAGGAUUUCAGAGAAGCUCUGAAGAAGAAGAAGCACGCUUUGGUCAUGUUCUAUGCUCCUUGGUGUCCGCACUGUAAAAACGCUGUCCCUCACUUCACCACAGCAGCAGAGCUCUUUAAGGAAGACCGUAAGAUUGUGUAUGCUGCUGUGGACUGUACAAAAGGACUGAACCAUGACCUCUGCAAGCAGGAGGGGGUGGAGGGCUACCCAACAUUCAACUACUACAACUACGGGAAGUUUGUGGAAAAGUACAACGGAGAUCGUGGGGAAGCAGGCUUCAUAGGAUUCAUGCGUAACCUCAGAGGUCGAGACCAGGAGAAGGUUGGGAAGAGGAAGGAGGAGCUCUGAGGGUGUAAAAAGAGGGCGAUGCACUAUGACCCUUGAGUCUGGAAAGGGCCCCUUUCAGCACUGAAGUGGGAGACUCAAUGACCUCAGCGAAAGGCUAUUUUUUUAUACCUUGGCGAUCUCAUUUUUAAUGAUACCAACAGAGUACUGACCAACCACUUGAGACUUCUUUUUAUGGAUAUUUUUGAUGGGCACAAAAUCGAUUUAAAAAAGUGUUGAUUUCUUUAUCUGUUCUUUUUUUUUUUUUUUUUUUUUGCCCAAUCACUGUGACUUGAACAUGUUUAAAGCUACACGCUAUAUUGUAUCUAUGCAAAAGUGACCCCUGCUUAUGCCUGUGGGGGUCUGUGUGAUCAAACUAUGGUGGAGGCCGGUGGCCGAUUGAAUAGGAUGAACUCGGAGGCUGCAUCUUCCAUCGCUGCACGAGGGGUUUUCAUCUGAUCCUAUCAACUUUGCUCUCUCUUUAAAUAUGAAUCACGCUGAUCUUUUUUUUCUUCUUCUUUUUUAUUAUUCUUCACCAUAUUCAGUGUAUUGCCCUCUUUCUCAGAUCACUUAGAAUAUAUUAGUCUUGAAUUUCCAUUUAACAUUAAUUUUGUGUCCCUGCUUGGUGUGGUUCAGGAUGGUGGUGGGAGUGCUGGAGUCGAUCCCAGCUUUCAUCAGGUUGGGUUCUUCCCAUGACAGAUUCCCAGCUCUAAGCAAUGCCAACAGACUGACAUCUAAGGCAGCCCUCAGCUGAGAUAUAAAUUAGUUAUAAAAAGGCUCCUUAUUGACCUUUUACAUAAGCCGCCAUAGAAUCUUCAAGCUUAUAAAGCAAAAUGUGAAGCUGUGUAAUCGGUAAUAAGGGAAUGUUGGAACACUGGAUUAGAGGGUCAGUGUUCUGUCUGUCUGAAAAACAUAUCUUAGAAAGUUUAAAGUUAAAAACUGUGGCCUUUGAAAAAUGAAAAAUCUGAAGCUGCAAAAUGAUAGGAGAGAGUUAGUGGGCUCGGUGGCCUUGCUACUCCCCCGUGACUAGAAGCAGUCCAAGUAAAAACCAGAAAGAAAUGAAAAUAAUCAUCUCUUUAUCACAAGCUGGUAUUUUAUUGCUUGGUUCUUUGUUUCCAAUAUUUUAACAAGGAGGACCGAUUGGUUAGAGGGUUCAAUCAGCAAAGUUAUUUUCCUUGCAGAAGUAUUCACACCCAUUAAACAUUUACCGAUUUUCUCAGUUACAACCUCAACAUUCAGUGUAAUUUUUUUGCUUUUUGUUGGAUGGACCAACACAGAUGCUUUGUGCCAAGUGGAAGGAAGGUGAUACUAAUCUGAGAGACACUAGAUUCCAACUAGAGACUCGAUUCUUCAGUUUGUUUUUCUCCCAAAUAGUUUACACGUUGUGA